AUGACAACAAAAGACAUCGAAAGCGUCGUCGCAGAAUGGGAUCUGGAAAGGCGCCAGAGGGAAGAUAUCGAGUCAAUUGUGGUGGAGCUGCUCGCUGCCGCUGACGCGAAAAUUGCUGAUACGCAUACUCCAUACGAUGUUAUUGCAGCUGAGUUCUUACUAGAGACUAUAGCCAACGCAGUAAUGCUCUCCAUUCCUACCCCGUCGCCCCCGGCCGUUCCUAAACUGACCAUCUGUACAACUGCGCCUGGCGUCAACGACAGCGCUGUGACCAACGCGGUCACAAAGGUCUCUGAGAAUAUUGCGACUAAGUCGGUCGUGAAGACGCACUAUGCCUCCCGGAUCCAGGUCAACCAGGCCUCUGUUCAGCUUGUCGACCCUAGUUCUGACAAGGUGAAGAUAGCGUCCACCCUUGAUGAUGUUCCGCUGACAGGACAGUUUGACCCUGCAACGAUCAAGUUCCUUCGGCCCGCCUCAAAUGCGGGGGCACGAAAGCAUGCGAUGGAGCGUCUCGGGAAGGAUGCCAGGAACAACCGAACCAGAAACACGAUAACGCAGCAGCACAGUGACAGAAAGCAAGAGAUUCUCGACCUUCUCAAUGUCAACACAAAGGGCUCGUAUGCAGUGCGCAAGAAGAAGAUUGAAGAGCUUCCAGACAACUUGUACUAUGUUGUCGACUCAGCUGGAAAGAUCAUCGGGCUGUUCAAGAACCAACCCCCGGCACAGUUAGCGCAGAUAUCCGAGAUGGCUGUCAAGGCUAAGAACGCAAAGGUGGUUGGCACAAACCGCAACACAGACCUUAACGCAGACCUCCGUCACCUUUCCGAGUCAGAGAUACGCUCCGAGGCAACGUCCAUGAUCAAGUCACAGAUUAAUGAUGAUGUCUCGUCCAUCGGCAAGUCUCUGACUACGUUCCAAAAGGACAACGUAAACGUCCUGUCAAUCCUUGUUCCGUCCCAAGGAGUCAUUUUCAAGGGCGAUGGAAAGGUGAAGAAGGGCCCCAUAGACGAGCGGGUACGGAACGGAAUGCGGGGCCAGCACUGA